AUGAAUUCAAUUGAAAGAGCUAAAGAAUUAUUACAGAAUAUUAAAUCAAAGUCUAGAUCAAAUUUUGAUAAGGUGGCUUAAAUAGAAUUUAAAUAAUAACAUUUCUAAUAACAAAGUCUUAUACAAAGUAAAAGUGAAAAUUUGAAUUCAAUUUUUAUUAAUGAUAAAUAAUAUCCAUACUAAACAAUUAUUCAAUAAUAGAAAAGAUUAGCUAGUCAAUUUACAGAUCUAAUGAAAUAAUUAUAUGAUAUAGAAUAAUUAUUUAGAAAUGGUUUAGAGGAAAAUUGUUUAGUUUAGGGUUUAAUAGGUUUAUAAAAUUUAGGUACUUAUAUGAUUAAGGAAUUUGAAAUUCUGAAAAAACUAUAAAAACCAAAAUAGAAUAUACAAACUAAUACAAUGAAUAAAGAAUGUAUAGAACUCUAAAAAAUUUAUGAUGAAAAGAUGAGAAUUGAAUUUAUUUAGAUAUUAUUAUUUAUCAAAUAGAAAGUUCAAAAUGAGAAGAUUAAACAUAUGAAAGAAGCUAUCUAUAAUAAUGAUAUAUUGAUAUAUGAUUAUGGAAACAUCAAAAAAAUUAAUCAAAUUAAUUAAAAACUUUAAAUAGAUGGCCCUAUAAUAUAAAAUCAAUUAUAAGAUAGACUUAUUAAUAUUAAAUAAAUGCUUAAAUAAAAGUAUCAAUUGCUUUUAAGAGAAAAGUAGCAAUUAAUUGAUAAAUCCUAAUAACAGGAAUUAAUAUAACAUUCAUUUACAUUAUAGAAUUUAUAAAAAAUAGAGAAUAGGGCAUCUACUGUAAAAACAUUUAUAGCUGAAGAAUAUCAAAUAUUGAAUUAAUCAUUGUAAUAAAUCAAAUUGAUAGGAAUUGACUUUAUUUAUAAUUCUAUUAAUGAAAAUAAGAAUAUAAUAGAGUAUGAAAAAUAAUAAACAAAACCUUUGACAUAUCUUGAAUCUAAUUCAGAAUUAGGAUAAAUUGUAAAAUCUUAAAAUAAUAUUAUUGAUAUUGAAAAAAUAAUGAAAUAAAUUAAAACUUGGUGUAAACAUUCUAAGAUAAUUUAAUAUUAUGAUGAUUGUUCAAGUUAUAAUUUGAUUUAGUAAUGCAUUGAUUAGUUAAAAAGUAAGAAGAUAUUCAAGAUUAAAGAACUUGAUGAAUUGCGACAAUUAUUUAUGUAGAUUUAGAAAUUAUGA